AUGAAUUCAUGUAUUAAAUCAAUAGGCAGUGCAAAAGUACUUUCGAUAAUGCUAAUUGCUGAUAGCUUACUUAUUCAUAUACAAUCCUAUUUAAUUUCAAACUAUAAUUAUUUGAUAAUAGCACUAUCAUUAACAUGCUUUCAUGGAAUCGUUUUAACAUCUGAACAUUUCUUAUAAGGCAGAAAUAAAUUAUUAAAUGUUUUUUUUAAUGCUUCUAAGGGUGUAGCUUAAAUUAUUGUUCAUUACUUAUUGGAACAAAAUUGGUUGAUUUUUGCUGGAAUAUAAAUAAUUUGUAUUAUGAAAUAGGAUGUAUUACAUAUAAAAUAUGUUUCAUCUAUAUUUUUUAUAACUCAAAUAUUUUGUGUCGCUUUUAACAAGACAGACUUCAUAAUUGUAGGAGUAAUUAGGACUGUUUUUAAUUAUAUAUUGAUAAGUCAAAUAUUUAGAUUUGAAAGUAAAAAUACUUUAAUUCAACUGGAAAACAUUCUAAAACACAUAUAAUAUGAUGAAUUUUGUUUAUUGGAUAGUUAUUUUAAUCCAAUAUUUAAUUAGUAAAUCUUUGACAAAUUAAAAGAAGAACAAGUAGUUGGUGUAUAGGAUUUCUAUAUUUAGACAAGAAUAAUAACUCCAAGAGAUAACACUACUAAUUUAAUUAGAGAAAUUCCAUUAAAUUGUGAGGAAGAAGCCAAAUAAACCUUAUCUAUAUAGGAUAUAAUAUUUCAUCUAAAAAAGAACAAAGUUCCUUUAACUUAAAAACUUUGUUAUUAAUUAAACAAUUAAUAAAAUUAUCAUAUUUAAAUAGAGAAUAUUAUAUUGGAUGAGAAUAAUUCUAUGAUAAUGAUAUAAAAAAGAAAAAAAUGUGAGAAUAUAUAAUAAGGGAAUUAAAUAAAUUUGAUGAUUAAGACUGUUCGUAAAGUAUCUCAUGAUAUGAGAAAUCCUUUGAAUGCAAUAAUUAAUAUGUAAAUGUGUUUAAAAGAAUAAAUUGAUAAAGAAUUAGUUAUGAAGUAUCUUAAACCUUCACUAAAUUCCUGUCAUUUAUUACUUAAUCUAUUAAAUGAUAUAUUAGACUCAGCUUAAGUUGAAAAUAAAAAGAUUAAAUUAGUUUACAGAAGAUUCAAUCUUUAAAAAUUAAUUCAAAAAACUAUUUCAAUAUUUGAUUCAUUAAAGGAUAAGAAAGAUAUUAUAAUUACAUUUAAUUAUGAUUCGAAAAUACCUAUAGAAGUAAAUUCUGAUAAAUUUCGAAUAAGAUAAAUAAUAAUGAAUUUGCUUAGUAAUGCAAUUAAAUAUACAAAACCAAAUGGGAAGGUGUAUAUUGAUUGUUCUGAAAGUUCUUAAAGAAAGAAUUUCAUUAAAAUUUGUAUCUAAGAUACUGGUUUUGGAAUAAAACAAGAAAAUUUAAAAUAUUUAUUCAAAGAGUAUUCUAAAAUAGAGGAAGGUGAAAAUUAGAAUUUAAACCCUUUUGGAAUAGGAUUAGGUUUGAUGAUAAGUAAUGAAUUAGCUAAAUUAUUAUCUAAUAAUGGUAUAUAAGUAUAAUCAGAAGUUGGAAUAGGUUCAAUAUUUUAUUUUGAGAUAGAGAAUAAAUAACUUGCACCUGAAGAUAUUUCAGAAUCCCAAUUAUUGAUUAUUCAUCAAAAUGGAUUACCUUCCUUUGAUGUGCAUUUCAUUCCAGGACCUAAUUCAAAUAAAUCUCCAGUAAUUUCUUUGGCAUUACCUUAAGUUGAAAGUAGUAAAAAGAUAAUUUUAAAAAGAUCUCAAAAAACUAUUAAUAUAAUGACUAAUUCUAUAAAUAACUAAACAAGAUUGAAUGUAAAAAGUGAUGAAAAGAGUAUUGCUAGAAAAUAGUCAUUAUAAGCUAAAUAAAUAUAGGCUUUAAGAGAUAAAUGGUAUGAUUAUACAAAUUAGAAACCUCCAAUUUUAAUUGUAGAUGAUGAUGAAGUUAAUAUAAUGGUAUUAUAAUAUUUAAUGGAAUAAAUGAAUAUAAGUUCAGAUUCAGCAAUGAAUGGAAUGGCUUGUUUAUAAAAAUUCGUAGAAAGAUAGAAAGAAGGUCUAUCCUAUCAAUUAGUGUUUUUGGAUAUCAAUAUGCCAGAAAUGAAUGGAUUUGAAUUAGCUAAGAAAUUAAUUCAAAUAGAUCCUCUUAUCAAUUUAAUUGCUUGUUCUGGUGAUGCACCUAAUUCUAGUUAUGUAGAAGAAUGUAAAUAAUCUGGUAUUAUUGGUUCUAUUUUAAAACCUAUUCUCAAAAGUAAAUUAAAAGAAUUACUAUUAAAAUUAUCAGAAGGAAUAAAAUAUGAUAGUUAAUAAUUUUCAUAUUAUUGCUGA